GGCGACGAACCCCGCCGUCCGCCCGUCCGUCGUGCGUUGUGCGCCGUGCCAUUUUCCCCGCAAGUGUCAGUCCAUCCGCCGUGCUGGGUACGGUACCGACCGGUCCCCGGCGCCCUCUUGACAUUGACCCACGAUCGAUCCGGGGCACAAGCAAUGCCGUAGAUAACUACCCAGUGUGUGGGUCACGGCUAAGAAACCCCGAAUUCUUCAGCCGAGCCGGGCGCUAGUAGUGCCUUGUCGACGGAAGGGCGCAAAGAACAUGGACAUAUAAGCAACAACAAUUCUUAAUUGAUUGCCUUGAACAUUGAGGCUGUUUGGACACUCAACAAGACGCCGCCCUACCUAACGGUUUUUUAUUCCCACCAUGGCCACAACGACAACGACGGCUUCCGCCAUGGCCUCGGCCUCAACCUCCGGCAUUGAGCUCCGUCCCCUCCCGGCCCAAAAUACCCUAAAUCAACACCCCAUUCCGUCAACCCAGCCAGCAAAUGACGACGACCCCAUCCUCCGUGCCUCGCGCGAGGCCGACACUGCCGUGCCCGAGGGCGGUUACGGCUGGGUCGUUGUGACAGGCUGCUUCGUCAUUGCCUGGUGGAUAAUCGGGACCACCUACUCGUGGGGCGUCAUCCAGCGUGCCCUCAUUGACGAUGGCCUCGGGACUCCUGCCGUGCUCUCCUUCGUUGGCUCCCUCGCCACCGUCUUGAUCUCGGCGUUGGCCAUUGUCAAUUCGCGCGUCAUGAGACGGAUCGGCCCGCGCAACACGGGGUUGGUGGGCAUCACGCUGUUGGGUGUCAGUGAGCUUCUCAGUAGUUUUGCAGUGACCAACGUCGGUGCUUUGUUCGCGACGAGCGGCAUUCUUACGGGCUUGGGCACGAGCGUGAUGCCAGCACAAUACUUCAGCCGCAAGCGUGGCCUGGCGAACGGCAUCGUGUUCGCCGGCGGCGGUUUCGGCGGCGCAGUCAACAGCUUUGCCUUGGACGCUCUCCUCAACCGACUGGGUCCGGCAUGGGCGUACCGUGUCCUCGCCCUGGUCACCUUGGCCACCGGGCUUCCGGCCGCUUGGCUUAUCAAAGAGCGUGUUCCCGUUCGGGGCUCCGGCUUCGUUGAAUGGCGUCUCUUCAAAUCCCUCACUUUUCUCAUCGUCUUCCUCGCUGGCGCGGUCGGCACAUUCCCACUCUUCGUCCCGCCCUUCUUCCUCCCUUUGUACUCCAAGUCCAUCGGUUUCUCCUCAUCGACGGGCGCAGGUCUGCUUGCGGCCUUCAACUUCUCCUCGGCCGUUGGUCGCAUCUGCUGCGGCACCCUUUGCGAUGCCUUUGGUGCACUAAACGUCCUGUGCGCUUCGCUAGUGUUGUCGGCCGUCAGCAUGUUGGCCAUCUGGCCUGCGUCGACGACGCUGGGCCCCAUGAUCGUUUUCGUUGUGGUCAACGGUAUCUCCAAUGGCGGUUUCUUCUCAACCAUGCCCACGGUGGUAGGGAACGUGUUCGGAUCUGCGAGGGUGUCGGUUGCGAUGAGCAUGAUUGUUACCGGCUGGGCAGGAGGAUAUCUCAUGGGUGCUCCGAUUGCUGGCUACCUCCUUGAAGCAUACGGGGGCGCGGACAACGGUCUCCAAGCGUACCGUCCUGCCAUGUUCUACGCUGGGUCAUUGUCGUUGGCGGCAUCGGGGCUUGUCGCUCUGGUUAGGUUCCGGCUAAACCAUAGCAUUUGGGCGAGGGUUUGA